AUGCUUAUCAAUCUUGGUAUAGGUCUUAUUUCAGCUGCUGCUGCUGGCCUUAUUAUGUAUCUUUUGAUAAGUGAUCCAUUAGAAAAACUGGCACCGAUUAUUAUUAUAGUUUUUAUUAGUUUUCUAAUUGGUGUAUUGAUGAGUUCAAUCAUUACGACAAUUUUGACAUCAUGUGUCCGUACAGUAGUCGUUUGCUUUGCUCUCAAUCCAGCGGCAUUAGGUGCAACACAUCCUGAUUAUUUGAAAAAGUUAACCGAAGUUUGGCACAAAGUCUAUGCACAAGAAUUUGCCAAUAGUGGUUAUGCGAAACAAUUCGUGGAGCCAAUGGUUUAA